ACGCAUUUGGUUACCAAUAUCGCCCUCCGGGCGCGACCUUCAUAAAAGAAACAGCCAAGGAGUUUGGGGGGGACGGGAAAGUCGCGGCCACCAUUGGAGGUCUUGCGACUGGCGGAGCGAAGACGCUAGAGUGGUUAGCGGACGGCACGGCUAGCGGGAUUUCUGGGGUGGGUGCGGCGGCGUCCAGCGGCGUUGCUCGCCUCCUCCCAGCAAGCGAAGUCGGUGUGGCGAUGUUGUAGCAGAUUUGGCACGAGAUCGAGAGCGAUCUGCUAUAUUGCCAUCGCAGCAGCGAAAGAAGGCUCGUUCCAGAUGCUCAUGAACUCUAUUUUGUUAAGGCUUCUUGUUUUAUUUCUACUGUGAAUAAAGAAAUAGAUCGGCGUUCAGCUGCUCUCGGGCUGGAGGAGGGAGUAGCACGCAGCAGUCCGCUAAAGGGCACACUGCCAACAUCAUCAAAGAAAUAGAAUGAAAAAGAGAGAGACCCUUUUGUUCAUCACGUACGACAAUGGCAUAGCGCCGGGCGGCGGAGUGUUUUUUCAACCGUGGCGAGCCCGACCUGCUCGAUAACGGAAAACCCAGCGCCAGUGGUCCUGCCCGCAAAAAUGUUUAUCAACAGGAGUUCGCAAAUUUUGAUUUAUUUUUGAUCAUGAAUUAAUAAUAAAUACCCAUCCGGAUCCCAACCCCUCCACCUCCUCCUGUUGUUCCGUACUAGUUCGUCUUCCUGUUCUUCCGUCUCUGCAAAUAAGAAAUACAACGAACCGAUUUUAUCAUGAAUACGAGUAGUUGUGCCCGCAAUAAGAAGAGUUCUGAAUUUGCUUCAAUGUAUCUAUAGGAGUCUGAAAGCACCAGCACAUCUUCGCACGUGACGAUUCCACAUCUUUCGUGAAGAUCAUCUGCUAUCAAAGAUACUACACGACAACACGCACAAUUCAUGCCACGACCAGGCUAUUAUUUGAAGUCAGUGGAGCCUCCACACCUUGCGUUCGAUCGUGUCCGUGUGGUAAGUAGGG